AUGCCGGGAGCUAGAUUGGGCUCCACCAAGGUGCAGGAACGGUCACUGCUGGCCCUGGCGUUAUUUGGCCAAAGCGUCAGGACUCCUAAACCGCGAAGCAGUUGUCGCAACAGCUCUUGUGCGACGCCGCGAUGCCGUGCGACAUACUGUUAUGUCUUCGACCCGAAAUCCUCGAGAACCGCCCAGAAGAUUACACCGCCCUCUAGUUUUGCAGAGCCACCAUUAACGCCGCCGCCGACCGACGAGAAGCCGUUCGCGCAAGCUCCGCGAGUCAUCGCACUCUUCCACGACAUCCGAGCUGGAAAGCACAGCAAUCGAGACCCGUGGAAGGAGUUUUCGCUUGUUCCAGGGGAGUACGAUAAGUUGCAGCGUCUCCUUGAACAGGACGAGGAGCUGCUGGGGUUUGUGAAAAACAAGAUACGGUAUGAUUACGACGUGGAAAGAGACUGGCUUGUCGUUCGUAUGCCUACAGCCGUGUAUGAACUGUUCAUUGCCCGUGUUGAGGAUGCUGUGGUCAGCCAACUGAAAUCGAUUCGUAAAGGAUCUGACAACGCGGCGGCUUUUGCCCAGAAGGUCGGUUCUGCCCGGUCUACAGAGAUACGUUUUCCAGUUGCAGGUGAUCCCUCUGGAAAGAGGUCGAAACGCGAGCCAGACGCGUCUUUUUGGCACAACGACGCGCAAUACCCUGGGGUCAUCGUCGAAGUGGCAUAUUCGCAGAAGAAAAGGAGGCUGCGCCGGCUGGCCGAAGACUAUCUUCUGGACUCAGAUGCGAGCGUGCAAGUUGUUGUGGGCCUUGACAUCGAAUAUGGCAGGAAGGAGUCGCGUGAGGCGACCUUGUCGGUAUGGCGGUCUCAACUCCACCACACCGACGAUGGGGUUGAACUACGAGUGGUUGAUGAAGUUGCAGACGAGGCAUUCCGUGACGAACAAGGAAACCCUACUACUCACUCAGGUCUACGGCUUCAACUGGCCGACUUCGCAUGCGAGGAACUUACAAAGGAUGUGGUUGAGGAGGGAAAGAGGGAGAUCAUAGUGUCUACUCGUGAGCUUUGUGACUACCUUUCUGCAGCGGAAGACAAAAAGUGCCGGGAAGGAUCACUUGUUCGGCAUUCCAUUCCUGCAGGAGUUAAAAAACGCAAACGAUCAAUAACACCGCCAGAUGUGAUGGUUUCUGCUGAUGAAGCGAAGUAUGUUGAGGAAGAGGAGAGGGAGGCGAAGAGAGUGGCACGGAAUGACUCGGAUUACGAAAACACGUCAAGUAACAGCUCAUCACAAUAG